AAGAACUGCCUUGUGCUGCCGGACUCCAGGAAAAACACACAACAGUUUCACACCGACUGGUGGCGGUCCUCACCUCUCUUCAUGCAAAUCAACCAGCCAUGACAAAAUGGGAGAUUAAUCGACACAUUUAGCGCCUGAUGAUGCUUCCGAGUCCGGUUACAUCAACGCCGUUUUCUGUGAAGGAUAUACUGAAACUGGAGCAGCAAUCUCGCCACCUUCAGUCUUUGCAUCCAGUGCAACACCACGCGCAACUGCAUCCGGAACUGCAGGAGAGAUUUCAGGCACCAUCAUCCUGUUUUCUCGGAGGUGGGGACAGCCCCGGCUUCUCAGACAACGAGGAAAAGAUGGCUUUUCUGAACUCGCUCUCCAUGCAGGAUAGUUUAGUGGAGAGCAGCCUUUCACCUCCGAUGUUCGUCCAUCCGUCACUGGGACACGUCGACAAACUUGAAGAUGAACUUGAGGACCACGAAACGAAAAGCUGCGGUGCGAUAAUCAGAUCCCCGGAAUGUGAUGGUGAUGUGCACUCGGACUCGGAGCGGGCGCAGCGGCAGAGGACGCGACGGAAGCCGCGGGUUCUCUUCAGCCAAGCGCAGGUCUUCGAGCUGGAGCGGCGCUUCAAGCAGCAGCGCUAUUUAUCGGCUCCCGAGAGAGAACAUCUGGCUAGCACCCUGAAACUGACAUCGACGCAGGUCAAAAUUUGGUUUCAAAACCGAAGAUACAAAUGCAAGCGGCAGCGUCAAGACAAAACACUGGAAAUGGCAGGACACCACCAUCCGCCGCCACCCAGGAGAGUGGCAGUGCCGGUGCUGGUCCGGGAUGGCAAACCGUGUUUAACGGGAUCACAGAGUUACAACGCCACGUACGCUGUGAACCCUGGCCCAUACAGUUACAACGGUUAUUCGUCCUAUAAUAAUGCCGCCUAUACAAACCCUUACAGCUGUACAUAUCCAAGCCUUCCACCUCUUCCGACAAACACAUCCACCAAUGCGCUGAUGAGCAUGAGUCUGAACAACCUCGGAACAUAUUCCCAACCUCAGACAACACAAGGGACGCCCGUGUCAACGUGUCAAGGGACUUUGCAGGGUAUUCGCGCGUGGUAGUGACAUUAAAACCCAUCCCUCUGUACAUAAAUGACAGCUUUACCAAAUUAGCAGACAGUUACUCGUGUUUUAUAGGCCUCUAACUUUUAUCACUUGAAUGUAUAGUCUACCUUUUCAGUAUAAGCUUCUGUGAAUUUCUUCUAGCAACCUUUCCAUAAGGGCAGAACGAAUAGGCCUACACAUAAAUGCAUAGCAGAUGAACAAAUUAAGAUGUAGAAUGAAAGCACCGACAUCUCACGAUUAUGCUAAAUAACAGUUCGUAUAGUACCAAUGCAAUGCGUGUUAGAUCACAUUUUUUGGAGAUGGCCCCUGAGCAUGUAUGUGUGUCUUUAUGUUGGCAUCCUUACUUGGAGAUAUUUGACGAACGUUUAUUAACAAAACAAUGUUACGAAAACUAAAUGGUGUGUAAUGUUGUGCAAACCUUCCUUGUAAAAAUAAAAAUAUUUUACAAUUAUAUUUACAAUUUGAAACAUGAAUAUAAGAGUCUACACGAAAACAACAUUUCUAAUUAUUUCAGUAAUACAGGAAAAAAAAAAAAAACGAAAAAAUUGACCCGGUUGGGGGGAAAAAAGGGUGUUCUAUGAUCAACAUAGAUUAAAUUCUAUAGUUAACAUAUUAGGACAGUUCCUUGGUUAAUAAUCCUUCUUGAUAAAUAUUCGAAAAGUUCAUGAUAUCAAAAAAGAGAUUAUUUUUUAUUCUCUUCUUAACAGUCUGGUAGCUAUAACUUAGGAUAACAUGAGCAAUCAUUCUGAACUGAAAUGUUUUUGCACUUUUGCAACAUUAGUUUUUCCUUCAUGCAUGACAGCAGUUAUAAAAUAAGUGGAAACGGAAAGCCUUCUCUCUAACCCAUAUUUGAAAUAAAUAGGCGUUAUUUUAUUUUUAUGUUUAUUCGUUUAUAAUUUCACAAAUACGAUCUACGCAUUUUUAAAACAAUUGUCUAUAAGUCAGUUUAGCGCGCUAACAAACAAACAAACCUUACAGAAACAUACACAAAUCAUGGCCUGGGUUUCCCGAAGCAAAGUAGCCCCUACUGGCCCGUAAAUUGUACUCGAUCUCUACGACACGGUUCUCAAAAGCAUCGUUAUCUUUUUUAGUAGGACAUAAAAACGUUCGUAAAUUAACAAGAGCCUCAGAGUGCGCGUGCAGCCUGUGCAUUCAGCCAAUGACAGAUAAUUAGUUCAAACGUUAUGAAGGCCUACUUAUAUAAGCAAUGAAUUGCAGUCGAGGUAUGACAGCCUAUUUUAACAAUAUUCAUUUCAAGAAAUACUUGACCUAUAAUCCACACUUAAAAAUAAAUAAAUAUCUGAAAUGAGAGUCUCCCUCACUUUUCCUCCUCUUCUUCCUCUAUUGGCAAAUCAGCUCCAGUAACUUACAAGUCUGCAUGAGCCACAUUGCUUGUAAUCACGAGUUUAUCUUGGGACACUUUUAUUAUUGUACAGCAGAGCAUUAAAAUUUCUUCCAAG